AUGGAUCAAGGUCAGCGAGACGUGUGGGGAAUGUAUGCCCCCUACCUGGAAUUCAAGUGGCGCAAAAAGGGGCAGAAGCUGUCUCUAGACGACAUUUUGCUCCGGUUCUCCCAAAUGACCCUCUCGCUAUGCGGCCCAGGGCGCGGAUCCACCAGUUUCUUGACAAGGCUGCAUGGGCACAGAGCCUGGAAGGAGAUCACGAUCACCAGCCCACACCAACACCUGGCCCAACCCACACUACCACACCCCGCGCCAUCUCAAACCCCGACAUUGGUUUUGCUUUGGCAGAGGUUGACGACGGGCGGCGGCGGUGGUUGA